CGCAGUCAGUGCGCCGGCCGGGUCGCUGCCAUUGCCACGAUGUGGGCUGUCCUGCCGCUGCUCUGCGCCGGAGCCUGGCUCCUGGGCCCCACCGCCUGCGGCGCCGCCGACCUGGCAGUGAGCUCCCUAGAGAAGUUUCACUUUAAGUCAUGGAUGUUGCAGCACCAAAAGAAAUACAGCUUGGAGGAGUACCACCACAGGCUGCAGGCGUUUGUCAGCAACUGGAGGAAGAUCAAUGCCCACAACGCCGGGAACCACACAUUCAAAAUGGGACUGAACCUGUUUUCAGACAUGAGCUUUGCUGAAUUAAAACACAAGUAUCUUUGGUCAGAGCCUCAGAAUUGCUCAGCCACCAAAGGUAACUACCUUCGGGGUACUGGUCCCUACCCACCCUCCAUGGACUGGCGGAAGAAAGGAAAUUUUGUCUCACCAGUGAAAAAUCAGGGCAGCUGCGGCAGUUGCUGGACCUUCUCCACCACUGGGGCCCUGGAGUCUGCUGUCGCCAUAGCAACUGGGAGGCUGCCCUCUUUGGCCGAGCAGCAGCUGGUGGACUGCGCCCAGAACUUCAACAAUCACGGCUGCCAAGGGGGUCUCCCCAGCCAGGCCUUCGAGUACAUCCGGUACAACAAGGGCAUCAUGGGUGAAGACACCUACCCCUACAAGGGCCAGGAUGGGGACUGCAAGUUCCAGCCCAGUAAGGCCAUUGCUUUUGUCAAGGAUGUAGCCAACAUCACAAUGAACGACGAGGAGGCGAUGGUGGAGGCGGUGGCCCUGUACAACCCUGUGAGCUUUGCCUUCGAGGUGACUGAUGACUUUCUGAUGUACAAAAAGGGUGUCUACUCCAGUACUUCCUGUCAUAAAACUCCAGAUAAAGUAAACCAUGCAGUCCUGGCUGUUGGGUAUGGAGAAGAAAAUGGGAUACCCUAUUGGAUUGUGAAGAACUCUUGGGGUCCCCAGUGGGGAAUGAAGGGGUACUUCCUCAUAGAGCGCGGGAAGAACAUGUGCGGCCUGGCAGCCUGCGCCUCCUACCCCGUCCCCCUGGUGUGAGCCGGGCGGCGGCAGCAGCAGCGACUGGUUGGUGGAUGGAGGGAGGACCGGGCAGCCUGGGGCCUAAAACCCUGCCCUGGAGAAGUGAGCCGUGGGAGACCCCCCAGGGCCCCGAGCCUGGAAACCCAAAGAAAACCACGAGGAAGAAUUCCAUGGAGCAACAAGCCCACGCACGUCUUCUGACAGAGGUCACCAUGUGCCUUAAGCAUGGUUUUUAACUGACUCAGCACCACAUGGACAAAGAAUGUUCUUUCUUCCCAGAAGGGCUGCUUUUCCCAUUUGGAGGAAGCUCCACUGACAGUCUUUGCUGUGGUCUUUAUUGAAUAAACCUUCAGUGAGCACCUCCCCGAGUCAGGCUGUGUGCUGGGGCCUGGGCCUGCCUCCGGGCCCUGGACUCCUAAGAGGGAGGCCCCAAGGGGUGGCCGGCUCUCUGGCUGGGAGGACGGCGUGAGUGCUGGCGCCACUGUCUCCCAGAGGUGGGACCCGGGAGGAAGAACAGGUUUCACUUGAGAUCUUGACUGUUCGUCCCCGCAUGGGGAAGGAGGAGCUAGUGUGCCAGGCCCUGGCAGAGCCAGGAUUCAAACCCACAAUACCGGCCCGGAAGCCUGUACUUCUCCACGGGGCCUCCCCCGUCCCAGCUUCCUGCUCCUACUGCCCUGCCCCUCCGCCCGGGACUGCCCCCAUCUCUUCCUCCCCUUAUGCUCCCGCCACCUCCACCAUCCCUUCUCUUGAGAAAAUGGGGUCUCCAACCAGAGGGUGGCCAUGGAGUCUCUGCUGCUUCCCGAUGCCUCUGGGCUCCAGGGAGUAGGGUCUGUGGCACGAGUUGGUGCUGUUUGUCCUACAGUUCACAGAUGUACCUAAUAAAAUCUUUCAUGUCAUUUGGGCCUCCUGGA